AUGCCUCUCUUCGGACGUCGUGAACCCUCCCCCGAGCCCAUCCGCGAGGAACCUCCCCGCAAGCAUGGCCUCUUCAGCUCCUCUCGCCACGAGCCAGCCCCGGUCACCCACUCCUCCACCCACCGUCACUCGCGAGGCUCAUCGUCCUCCCACGCCCGCACCUCGACCUCCUCCUCCCGCUCUCCCGACCGCCGCCACAGCUCUGGAGGCGGCUUCAUGUCGCGUCUCGGUGGCGGCCGCAAGGACCUCGACCCUGCUGUUGUCGAGGCCCGCGAGCGUGUCCAGAGCGCCGAGAUGGCUGAGCGUCAGGCCGAUCGUGCCCUUGAGGAGGCUCGCUUGAGUGUUCGUGAGGCUAGGGAGCAUGUUAAGAGGCUGGAGCUUGAGGCUAAGGAGGAUUCGAGACGGGCCAAGAUGAAGGCGACUCAGGCUAAGGAGAUUUCCAAGACGGGACGAUCCCUCGGACGCCACGGAUACUAA